GGAGCGCGGCGAGAGUUCCCCCUCCUGAGAAUGGACCUGCCCGCUGUUAAGCGGCGGGAAGAGGCGGUACCAUCUCACCGGGGGGGGGUGGGGUAUCCAUAUAUCCUUACUCCUAUGGCAAGGAUGGCAGCUCGGCGUGUGCUGAAAGCAGUCUUGGUGGAUCUCAAUGGCACACUUCACGUUGAAGACUCAGCUGUGCCGGGCUCACAGGAAGCUCUUAAAAGGCUGCGCAGCGCUCCCGUCACCGUUCGUUUCGUGACAAACACCACCAAGGAGUGCAAGAGGGACCUGCUGGAGAGGUUGACCAGACUGGGGUUUGACAUUGCUGAAAAUGAGAUCUUCACCUCUCUGACAGCAGCCAGAAAUCUUCUGGAGCAAAAGCAUGUGCGGCCUCUCCUCCUGGUGGAUGAUAAGGCCCUGCCUGACUUCACAGGGAUAGCCACUGAUGACCCCAAUGCAGUGGUGGUUGGAUUGGCCCCUGAGCACUUUCACUAUGAGAUGAUGAACAAAGCCUUUCAGUUGAUUUUGGACGGUGCUCCUCUUAUAGCUAUACAUAAAGCCAGAUAUUUCAAGAAAAAAGAUGGUUUGUGUCUGGGGCCUGGACCUUUUGUGACUGGGCUGGAAUAUGCCACGGACACCAAAGCAACAGUGGUGGGGAAGCCAGAGAAAACUUUUUUCCUAGAAGCUCUGCGAGGCAUUGGCUGUGGCCCAGAGGAUGCUGUCAUGAUUGGUGAUGACUGCAGGGAUGAUGUUGGUGGUGCCCAGAACGUGGGCAUGCGUGGGAUUUUGGUAAGGACUGGUAAAUACCGACAAGGAGAUGAAGGCAAAAUCAAUCCAGCUCCUUACUUAACCUGUGAGAAUUUCCCAGAGGCAGUGGAACAUAUCCUAGAGCAUCUGCUAUGAGGAAGGGAAUAUUUGGAAGAAACCAUCUGUUUUGCAUGAUUUCCUUUACUCCUUUGCUUCAAAAAUUGAGGUCCCAGGAUCAGUGCAUGCGUGGUGUCAGAAGCCUCUCCACGAGCUCCUUCCCCUCGAGCUGUGGAAGGGCAGCACAGUUACAGCAAAACCCCUUUCCUGUGCUUGUUGUUUUUUUUUCCAGAAAGAUGUGAGUAUGGACAGCAGAUACCAGCAGGUGAGAGAGAAAAUCUCCUGAAUGAGACAGGGAGCAUGGCAGGGAGCUCGUUUAUUUUCAGUUUUCAAGAAAUAGCUGAUGGAAAGCCCUGUCUGGGAAGUGUCAUGUUCUUCUGCUGAGUAAGCUACACUGACAGAAAAAAAAAUAAUACAAAAAAGAAUCCACACUGGAAAUACUGAAAUAACCAAACCUCAAAGACUUAGUCAGCCUGUAGUGGUUUCACUGAGUAUGAUUCUGCUCUAAUUUAGAGAUUUAGCACAUUUAGAAGUGAUUUUUAAAUUAAAAUAUCACUGUUCUUUAACAAUAACUGCAGUUGAGAUCUUUCUUCUCAUUAGAAAAGACCCUGUUUUUUUUUUUUCUUUUUCAAAUUUUACAUAAAAUUAAAACUGUCAGCAUUUUACAGAUGUUUUAAUUAGUCGCUGUUAUUAAAAAGAAUGGUACAGAAAUAAAAACCUGGUAUUAAA